AUUGAAGCCAGUGCCAGGGUUGUAAAAGACGAGUGCCAAGAGCUGUGCCAGAGGGGUUCUGGUACUGUCAUGCAAGAUAAAAGCUAUGACAAUCUUCUACAUUUCACUUGGGAGGACUUUCAUAAGGACCUCAAGACCCAGUGCCCUGGCUUUCUUGCACUAUUGGAGGCUGCAGUUUGUGACAGCAAUCCAGAUUCCAACAGCAAACACUUCAGACAUGUUAUGAUGACUGCUGCAGUUUCUCUUCAUGGCAGAAACAGAGAAAUGUCAGUAAUGCAGUAUGUUACUGCAUUUGUACUGAUGCAUGGUGGAUGUACACAAAAGAACAUUGAACGGCUAGCACAGCUUGGUAUGUGUGUACACCCGAAAACCGUACACCGGAAAUUGAUUAGUUGGCAGGCCAAUCUGGAUGCUGAGCUUCUUGCUCUUAGAGACGCAUGGGCAAAUGGUGGAUCUACCAAGUACCAGUUAGUUGGAGACAACUGGGAUAAGAACAUUCUCCCUUCUUAUCGGACAUCUGAUCGGAAGACUGUCUCCCUGCAUCUUUUCAAUAUGUAUGCAGUUGUGGACAGAGUUAUACCAUCACCUGCUGUUGGCUUUUGUAAGGUCCUUGAUGCUGCACAACUGGAUGCUUCACAUUUCAUUCCAUCUUGUGAUGAACAGGAUCAGCUGAUGAAAGAAUUGACGUUCAUAGUUGCAACAGCAGUUGUCAACAACAUACCAAAGCUGGAGAGAUGUUUCAAGGCUAUCUACCCCAAACACCUGCAUCACACUUACAGUGCCACUGCUGGUGUCAAAACAGUUCAGUAUCCUCUGGGCUUAUUCGACUGUAAUGAAAACCUUACACAAGAGCUCAUUACCCUGUUGGCAAACUCACUGGAGAAGUAUGUGCCAAUGUCAGAUGGUGAUAUAGUGGAGUCAGUCUUCUUGGGAGGGGACAGGCUGACAGACGAGAGAGUGCAGGGGGCACAAAAUGCCAUGAGAAAUGCCCCAACAGCAAAAGAGAAAUUGGAAGGUUUCAUCUCCAAAACAGAAGACUUUCACAGACUAAUGAACUUUUUGGAGGCAGUGACCAAAAUGACCUACAGCACGAAAAGUGUCAAUGACAGAGGCACUAUGCAUUACUACAGAAAUCUCUUGAAUGCAAGGAACGUCAAGGGCAAGGUCAAGAAUGCUUAUCGACUCUACAAGAUACUAUAUUAUACAGUAUUGGAAGGUGUGUGCCUUGCCCUCUUCAUGCAACAUUUUGGUAUUGAGGAUUUGGACGCUGAUAUACCAUUACCUGAUGGUUUUUCUGACAUGUCAGAUGAGGACAAGAUCGGAUGGUUGAAUGACAUCUGCAGCACAAUUCUGAGGAAGUGGUUCUUCGACAGCACACAGGAUGUAUUUCAUUACCUCAGAGAAGUGAUUACUGACAAAGAUCAUCCAGAAAACUACUGGCUGGCAAAUCUGGACCAAGACACUGGCCGAAUCCAUUGUCAUUUUUGUGACAAAUCAUAUGCAUAUGUUGGAUCUUUGAUGUCACAUGAAAAGAAAGUCCAUAAUGUUGGAAUUGAAAAGCCCCUUAAAAAAUCAAAGGGUACUGGUGGUGAUGAACUACACAGCUACAUCCUCAUGCUUUUCAAACUUUUGCUGUUGCACAAAAACUUGGACACAGCUGUGGACAUUGGUGGUGGCGAGAGGUCAGUGAGAUCAGCAAAAUAUGAACUGCCAAUCUACAACAGAACCAACAAGGUAAAGUACUGCAUUGGGUCCAUUCAUUUAACAUCACUGUCUUCAGGGUUGUUGCCCAAGGAGCAGACAGAAAGGUUUGUUGCUAACCGAUUCAUUAAUUUGCAAGGUGGCAGAAAUCACAAUAUUGCCCUAGAUGAGUUCAUCGAGGUGCUAAACAGAGACAGCAAGAUUGCCUGUUCUGGGUACAAAACAAAGGAGAGCAUCAUUCGCCAUUCAAAGGAGUACCCCCAUCUUACAAACUCAAUCAGACAUUUCGAUUCCUUGUGUGCUGUACGGAAGAGUAAAGGAUUCCACCACUUGCCAUCCUUCAAGGAAGAUGUUGCAAAAGUAGUAAAGGAUUUGAUUGAAAUUGAUGCUGUGAACCCACAAAAUCAGCGACCCUUCACUGCAAGGAGCUUGUGA